AUCAUUGUACAUUAAUUAUUUUUAAGAUUGCUUAAUAGAGUUGCAUUUAAUUGUCAACUCCAUCCAACAGAGCACAAAAUCUAUCUAUUACCUUUAUAUAUCAGAAAUGAUCUAAUGUAAUCUGCACACUACAUCCGUAAUCUUCCAGAGUACACGGAUGUUUUAGAGAGAGGACGGGAACCUGAUCUGAAGUCAUCAUCAUCGCAAGCAAGAUUCAACAGCAAUCAACUCUCUCUCUCGCUUAAAUAUUCUCUUCCAGUUCACUCUGCGUCGCGUAAGAGCAAAAUCUUGAACCGGAAUUGUGACACCUUGACCUUGUUAAAGAGAUGAAUUCCAGAUCAUUAUACAUUAUUGGUAAAAAUACAUAAAUUUUAGCUCAUGAUAUUGAAGUUUACACGGAGAUAGAGUUAAAGAGGGCAGAGAGCGACAUACCCAUGUCUGGAACUGUAUUGUCCUCGGCAUAAACUUGAAGACAGAAAAGGGAACAAAAUGAGAAUCAAAAACAAAUACAAGAAACCAACCGCUUUAGGUUGCAAUGCAGGGAGCAGAAGCUCACUGGCUGUUGUGUUGUGGAGCCUGGUGGGAUGCCUUAUUUUUCUGCAUCUUUUCACGUUAGUUCAUCACACUGAUGUACAAAAUAAAGAGAUGCAUAUGGGUAUCCAUCACCCACUAUUACUCCAGCUUGAAGAAGUCGAGGAGGAAAAUAUCCAAAUGCCCCCACCAAGGAAGCGAUCCCCACGUGCUGUUAAACGGAAACCUAAACGGCCAACUACCUUGAUUGACGAAUUCCUUGAUGAGUCUUCCCAAAUAAGGCACAUAUUUUUUCCUGGUAUGAAAACUGCUAUAGAUCCUAUGAAGGAUGCUGGAAACAACAGUUUCUACUAUUACCCGGGAAAAAUAUGGCUGGACACCGAUGGAAAUCCUAUUCAAGCCCAUGGAGGUGGCAUUCUAUAUGAUGAUAGAUCAAGGACGUACUAUUGGUAUGGCGAGUAUAAAGAUGGUCCCACUUACCAUGCUCACAAAAAGGGAGCUGCCCGGGUUGAUAUUAUUGGUGUGGGAUGUUAUUCUUCGAAAGAUUUAUGGACAUGGAAAAAUGAAGGUAUUGUGCUUGCGGCAGAAGAGAAAAACGAGACUCACGACCUACACAAGUCCAAUGUGCUUGAGAGACCCAAAGUAAUUUACAACGACAAGACUGGGAAAUAUGUAAUGUGGAUGCAUAUUGAUGAUGUAAACUACACAAAAGCCUCGGUGGGUGUUGCCGUCAGCGAUUACCCAACCGGCCCCUUUGAUUAUCUCUACAGUAAACGGCCACAUGGGUUUGAAAGUAGAGACAUGACAAUCUUUAAAGAUGACAAUGGUGUUGCAUAUCUUAUCUACUCGUCUGAGGAUAACAGUGAGCUUCAUAUUGGUCCGCUUAAUGGAGACUAUCUUGACGUGACAAGUGAGGUCAGUAGAAUGCUCGCUGGACAACACCGGGAAGCACCUGCUCUUUUCAAACAUGGCGGAACAUAUUACAUGAUCACAUCCGGCUGCACUGGGUGGGCUCCAAAUGAGGCUCUUGCUCAUGCAGCGGAGUCCAUUUUGGGUCCAUGGGAGACCAUGGGAAACCCAUGCAUUGGUGGAAACAAGAUAUUUCGACAAACGACAUUCUUUGCUCAAAGCACAUUCGUGCUUCCCUUACCCAAUCUCCCCGGUUCCUUCAUCUUUAUGGCAGAUCGGUGGAAUCCAGCUGACCUGAGAGACUCGAGGUACGUAUGGUUGCCUUUAAUAGUAGGAGGAGCCGCGGAUCAGCCUCUCGAGUACAAUUUUGGGUUCCCACUGUGGUCUAGGGUGUCAAUAUAUUGGCAUAAAAGAUGGAGGGUUCCUUAUAGGUGGAGUGACAAGUAUUGAGAUACCAUAUAUUUGUUCUUGCUCUUUAAAUAUUCUUUCUUCAAUCCUCAUUAGUCUUUAUAUUGCAGAGAAUAGUAAUUAGGUGUAUAUUGUUGAAAUUGUAAGAUGAUAUCGCUUUUACGUGCACGUUUAUCAUCUUCAUGAAAAUUUAUCGAGAUCAAGACACAACACGCAUGAAUAGGAUAA